AUGUCCUCCUCCUGCGAAAAUCUGCGCGCAGCUCUCAAGGAGUGUCUGUUGUACUCGGAUUGCGUUGUGAAGCAAGGCCACUUACCCUCAGAAUGUCUCCGAGAGCACACCAAUGAACUCCCGGAGCAGUGUCAGGCUUUGCGGCUAGCGACUUUUGAGUGCAAGAGAGGCAUGUUGGAUAUGAGGAAACGAUUCCGGGGGAAUAACGUCAAUGCACCGGUAUUCACCCCGUCGCAUCCAACAGAAGACAGUCGAUAG